AUGGCCAUCCCUGCACCUCUUUCUUCCGGAAUCGCCAACUGGCAUUGGAAGAACAAGACCGUGACGCGAUGGGGUCAUGAGGCAGGUUUUUCUCUGGCUGUGGUUGGUAUAUUCAUUAUUUCAAUGGUAAACAGUGGUUCGAGCGCGAACUCCCGACCAUCACCGUUUCUGGGGAUGGCACCGAGCUUAUUGUCAUUUCUUCGGUCACCAAUGUGGACGGAGAUGUCGAGCUUGGUCAGCGCAAGUCCAAACUCAUCACUAUAUUCGACUGCAAGAUUGAACUUGCUUGGUCUGGAACUGCUUCGGAUGGAAUAUCAUUGGUCACUUACCACUGCCUCAUCGCCAGAAGUUGACGCGCUUUACAAGCUUGCCAAAGCGCGCCUUCCCUCUGCUCUUGAGACUAAAUUCGCCGAAUUCGCAGUCGCAAUCGUCGAAACGCACAGCAAAGAUGUCACUGUCAGUGCUGACCCCAGUCGUUCCGCUACCCCUGCGAUCACGCCCACUGCUUCGUCAUCGGAGACUCCUGCUGGCGCCGUUUCAACGCCUCAGCCAAAGCCAGAGAAAAAGAAGAGCAAUGUUAAUACCACCAAAAUCACCGUUGAGGGCUCUUUCAUGGCCGCCGCCGCCGAUCUAUUCAGUUUGUUGACGGACGAGAAAAGGAUCCCCACCUGGACACGAGCACCAGCAAAAUCGGAAGCCAAAGUCGACACUGAGUAUUCUCUGUUUGGUGGAGGUGUCAAGGGAAAAUAUGUGUCUUUGACCUCCCCCACGGAAAUUGUUCAAACCUGGGCACUAUCGAACCCUUCAUGGCCUUCGGGACACAGUGCUACUCUGACCACCAAGAUCACACAAGGCUCGGACUAUUCUACGGUUACCUUCGUUCUCGAUGGAGUUCCCACUGGCCAAGAGGAGGAGAUAAAGCGCAAUAUAGAAGGCUACUAUAUUCAGGGGUUCAAAUCCAUCGGGUACGUCCAGCUCUAUCUGUCUCCUCCCUCGUAUACCAAAGCGCCGCAAAACCGCAUACCCGCCAAGCCCGUCAACACAUCCAGCCGCCAAUCGUUUGUCACGGCGAUUGUGUUGGCGACUCUAGUUCUCUUCGCGGCUUUUGCAUUACCGUAUUUCUCCCCGCGCCUCUCCAAGUAA